AUGGCACCUGGAACAUUUGACGUGAAUACUGCCCGCGGGUACUUCCCGGCCUUGCAGCAGAAGCAAAUCUAUAUGGACAAUGCUGGAGGAAGUCAGGUACUUUCAACAGUCGCGGAUUCUAUUCGAUCUUACCUGCUGAGCUCUAAUGUUCAACUUGGAGCUACCUACCCAGUCUCGAAAGAGUCUACCAGUGCAUGGAUUAUAGGAUAUGAGGCUGGAGCAAGCUUCAUAAAUGCGCAGCCAGAAGAGAUCAGCAUUGGAGUAUCAACCACUCAGCUUCUUCACAAUCUUUCAACUGCCCUGAAGUUCCAACCUGGCGAUGAGUUGAUCAUUUCCAAGCUGAACCACGAAGCCAACUCAGCGCCAUGGGUGCGGGUCGCAGAGCGCCUCGGACUGACUGUCAAGUGGUGGGCAUCUUCGAACCCCAAAAACCCCAUCUGUGAUGUCAACGAGUUGAAGACUCUACUAUCCGACAAGACCAGACUGGUUACCUGUCCCCACGCCUCGAAUAUCACAGGAAGUAUCACCGCAGUCCGCGAGAUUGCCGAUGCCGUCCAUGCGCAUCCACGAGCACUCCUCUGCGUGGAUGGGGUUGCACUCGCGCCGCAUCGACAGGUAGACGUGAAGGCGCUCGGAGUCGACUUCUACGCAUUCUCCUGGUACAAAGUCUACGGACCCCACCUAGCACAACUGUACGCCUCAUCACGAAUCCAGGAGCAAAUCGAGUCACUGGGCCACUUCUUCAAGCCCAAUGAUACGCUAGAUCUAAAGCUCAAUCUAGCAUCAGCCAAUUACGAGCUAACUCAGAGCAUUCCACUGGUAGUGGAGUACUUUGGGCCCAACUCGAGCGCCACAUGGGAUUCGAUGGCAGCUCACGAGGAGCGGUUACAGGAGAUUCUCCUUGCAUUCCUGCGGGGCGAUGAACGGAUCACUAUCAUUGGCGAGCCGAGCGCCGCGAAGGAGCUACGUGUGCCUGUGAUCAGUUUCAUCGUGCGUGGGAUGGGCAGCCAGCAGUUAGUAGAGGCUGUUGAGGCACGGUCAUCUUAUGGAUUCCGGAGUGGACACAUGUAUAGUCAUCGGUUGCUGAAGGAUGUGUGUGGGCUGGAAGAUGUGGAUGAUGGGGUGGUACGAGUGAGUUUGUUGCAUUAUAAUAGUGAGGCGGAAGUAGGGGGACUGGUGACGGUGUUACGGGAAGUGCUUACCUUGUAG